CAUGCCCAGAGAUUCGAUUUACAAAAUAUCAUAAAAAUAUUUCGAGAUUGUGUGUCCAGAUUGUCCUCAUCCAAAUUUAUUCUUGGACAAAUAUUUAAAUAAUUCUUUUUGAGAAAUGGGUAUUAAUAGUAUUUUUUGUUACAGAAAAAACUGAAUCUAGGAUUUGAUUUCUGACAAUCACAGACACAAGAUGAACAACAGGACGGGAUUCGAUAUUCAGCUCAAUAAUACUGAUAUAGGAAACAACAUUACAAAUUCACUAAACUAUGGAGGACGCCAACUUGUAUGGGUGUUUUUGUCUAUUAACAUCCUCGUCAGUCUUUUCAUUAUCGUCAGUAAUGGGCUCGUUCUGUGGACGGUUUACAAAAUAGAGGCUCUGCGCACUGUUACAAGCAUGUUUAUCGUCAACCUUUCCGUAGUUGAUCUUUUGGUGGGGGUAUUUAUACUGUUUAUAAUCGUGACAGAUACUAUAAUGCCGCUUGCAUAUGACACCUAUACACCAAAAAAGUUCUUAUGUAUAGGCAGAGCAUUUUUCUUGGGAUUCCUGUUCAUGGCAUCCCUUUUCGGGUUGAUAGGGGUCGCCGUAGACCGCUACGUAGCGAUUGUGCAUCCAUUACGUUACGUAUCCAUAAUGAACGUCACAAAAGCGAAGAUCAUGCUAGUGUGCAAAUGGGCCUACAUACUGUCAAUCACGGCCGUGAUGUUUAUAGAUGGCGUCAAUGUCUAUCAACCUGGACAAGGCUGUGCAAUGGGCGAUACUCUCAAUUCAUCUUAUUUCAUUUUCAUUAAACUAAACCUUUUAAUCCCGGUUUUCAUAAUCUUUGUCCUUAACGGGAAGAUCUUGUAUGUAGCAUUUAAACAAAGAACAAAGAUUAUUAAUGAACUUGCUAGUAUCGACAAUGCUAGUGCCGUUGCAUAUAAAAAUGAACACUCUAUAAUGAAAGCUACAACCAUCGUAAAUGUUAUUUUCAUAAUCAUGUAUGGCCAGUAUAUGGUAAUAGAUCCGCUCAAACUUGACACCGAAUGGUUCACGACAAUUUGGCAGAUAUCCGCGAUAAUAAUGCGACUAAACAGUGGGGUCAACCCGUGGAUCUUUGUCAUGUUUCAUAAGAAGUACAAAAAAGCAUUUCUGGUUGCUUUAAAACUGAAAACGAUUGGGGCUUCAAUGGACUAGCUCACUACAGAUAUUGGAAACAAACGAAUGUUUCACAACAAUACAGUUCUUUUAAAACGGAACUGCAAGUGAUGGUUUCAUUUGACUGAUUUCCAGGACGAUCGAGACUGUGAGCGUCUGAUUGAACGCGACUGUCCGCGGAUACUCAGUCAAGUAUCCCAGGCCGUCUUUACAAAAAUGUCUUACCUAAAUAGAUUCCAAUCUAGAGCAUGAUCCUAGUAUUUCUAAUGGAUUGAUAAGAACUCGAACUAUUAUUUGACACCAAAGGCGGGUGAAAUCAUGAAAUGGGACAUUUCGGAGCUUAAAAAUUACUCAUCGAAAACAUUUCAUUUAUUUUCACGCUUAUUAAAGUAGACAUUAUAGACAACCCGCGGUGAAUAACUAGCGGUAUUCACCGAUCUCAGGAAUUUUCGAAACAUAAUGCUGUUCAGUGUAGAUUAAGAUGAUGAUAUAGUAUAGAACACGAUGUAAGAUAUAUUACAUGCAUAAAUGUUGUUAUCAAUAUAAACAUGUAAUGGUGAUAUACAGGGUGGGCCAAAAAAACAAUACCCAAAUUUAAGGAUGACUAUCAUAUGAUAUAACGUUAAACUAUGCCAUGUAUUGUAUAUCAUUUUAAAAAUAAAUCAUUCCCUAACAAUAUGACACCAUCUGAUUGAAAAGCUGUUGUUUUCUUGCGGAGUUUAAAGUUGACACCGGGGAUGUCAUGAGCGACCAAAAAAUUAUUCACUGCUGAUUUCCAAGUUGUGGAAAAUGGAGGGAAAUUUGAACUCGGGCACCUUCAAAAGAGGUACAUUUAUACAGGUAUAGUGCAAAAUUCAGCAAUAAUACUUAUAUAUUUGCAACAUGGAAGGAAAUUUGGGAUUUUUCAUUAUUUGAUUUUUGGUCGCACACGGCACCCCUGGUGUCAAUUUUAGUCUCUAACUUCACGAGAAAAACAAAGGUGAUUCAUUUGGAUGGUGUCAAUUUCUUAGGAAAUGAUUUAUCUUUAAAAUGAUAUAUAUUAUUCACGGC